AUGACACCUGAUGAGAUGUUACGUAAAAACCAGCGAGCACUCAACAAGGCUAUGCGUGAUCUAGAUCGUGAGAGACUCAAGAUGGAGCAACAAGAAAAGAAAGUUAUUGCUGAUAUAAAGAAACUGGCUAAGGAUGGCCAGAUGGAUGCAGUGAAAAUAAUGGCGAAGGACCUUGUGCGCACGCGCCGCUACGUGCGCAAGUUCAUGAUCAUGAAGGCCAACAUCCAGGCCGUGUCGCUAAAGAUACAGACGCUCAAGUCGCAGAGCAGCAUGGCACAGGCCAUGCGCGGCGUCACGCGCGCCAUGGCCUCCAUGAACCGCCAGCUCAACGUGCCGCAGAUACAGAAGAUAUUGCAGGAGUUUGAAAAGCAGUCAGAAAUAAUGGACAUGAAGGAAGAGAUGAUGAACGACUCUAUCGACGAGGCCAUGGAGGCCGACGACGACGAGGAGGAGAGCGACGCGGUGGUGUCGCAGAUCCUUGACGAGCUGGGGCUGCAGCUCAACGACCAGCUGUCGGGGCUGCCGCAGGCCACCGGCUCGCUAUCCGUCACCACGAAGACGCCGGCGGCGGCGCUGGCGGGCGCGGGGGGAGCGGGGGGCGCCGGUGCGGGUGGCGCGGGGGGUGCGGGCGGCGCGCUCAGCGACGCCGACGCCGAGCUGCAGGCGCGCCUCGACAACCUGCGCCGCGAG